CUGUCACAUAUUUUAUAAUGGCAGCGCCCAUGGAAGGACAAUCGAGCAAGUCUUCUCCGGCAAGUUUAGCUUGUGAAAACAGUGAUGCUUCACGCAAAACAACGUCUGCAGUCAUGGCAGAAUUUAUGCAUGAAAGCCAUGGAGCCUGUGAUAACAAAGAUACAUCAUCAAAUCCGUCAUCGCCAGUGAAUGCGAAAGAGAAACAAGGAGGGAUGUAUGCUUGGUAUCAACACAAGUCGUGUUUACGUAGAGCAAACUUUGCCAGUCAGCAUCAUCCAAAUGUGAAGUUUCUCCUGGAAGCAAUUGAUAAAUUAGGAAGUGAGUUUGUAAUAGGCAGGCAAGUAUGCUGUGAACGGUGUACAACAGAUGCCAACGUCAGUGGAGGCUUUGACCCAGUCAAGAAUGAGAUAAUUCUUUGCGAGAACAGGGCUCCAACACAGCGCCUGACGAGCAUGCUGCUUACCCACGAGCUGGUCCACGCUUACGACCAUCACAAGGCCAAAGUGGACUGGACGGAUCUGAAAGCCGUUGCUUGCAGCGAGAUCCGUGCAGCCAAUCUAAGUGGUGAUUGCUCCUUCCUGAGUGAGAAAUUCUACCGUUGGAACAUAGGUGCGAAGCACAACCAUGAGGCCUGUGUCAGGAGACUCGCGGUCAGCUCUAUCGUCGCGACACGGGACUUGUCAAAGGAGGAAGCUGAGAAAGCUGUUGAUGGUGUCUGGGCCGACUGUUUCCAUGACUAUGCACCCUUCGCCGACAUCCCACACCGGGCAGCUGAUAUGAGAUUCAGCCGCUUCUCCAAAUACUACAAUCCCAGGUGACAUGAUAUGAGAAAGCACCGAGCAGUACAGGCUGUUACUGGAAAGUUCUAGUCAUUUUUUUUUUGAAAAGGUGAACUUGGGUGAAUUUUUUACCUCUAAAUGAUAAUUUUGGCCAUUCGGACAAAGUGCAUUUUACCUUAGGAAAUAUGCCACUGUGAGAGAUGCUUCCUUCCAAAUUGGUUACUGGUUUGAAGAAUUUGGCAGGGAAAAUGUGUUUCUUUCCGCAAAGCAGUGAUAAGAAAUUACAGAUGUUAAUAAUCAUUCAUCCCUUGUACCACCUAUGUUUGAUGGCAAACAAACUCAUCGGUUUUUGAUACAUUCUUAAAUACAGAAUCUUACAGAAGUGAUUUCAGCAAUUAUGGAUGCAAUCCUUCAACUUAGUGUGGCCUUUGGCUCAAUGCUUGUCAGUUCUCCUGUGAGCCAGUUUUCAAGAACUUGAUGCCUGAGCUAACAUUGUGUGAAGUUUGUUCAAACAAAUUAUAAAAGCUUGGCAUGCAGUACUUCAUUUUGGUGUUGUUGCAUAUUUGGUCGUCAGUGACCUUAACCAUGGCACAGUGUUCAACACUACUGGUACACUUGAAGACCAGAUUACCAUUACAUCAGAUAACGAGUUUGAUUUAUAUAACGGUCUGACACUCUUAUACAGGAUAAAAUACAAGGAUAAAAAUACAGCCAUGGGAAAGUCAAGUAAGACCAUCAGUCUGUUUUGGAGAAUUCUAAGUGCAGAUGUAUUGUUUUCCAGCAUCAACAGUAAACAACAUUUGACCAAGUGGUCACCAUUUCAAAAGAUUUGACCUUUAUGGGCUUACUGUUGUUUGCAUUAAAUUAUUAUUUUACUCUCUAACACCUUCUCCAACAAUUAAACCCAUCCAUCUUUUCUCUUCCAUUCUCCCUGCUUUUCUGUGAAUUGAGAAUCAAACUACACGUGCCAUAUCAAACUUGUUUGUGUUUGUGUCUGCCACUGUUAAUUCAGAUUGAAGAAGCAAUAGUAAAGUUUAAAGAAGUUUAUUUUUGUGCCCUUUGAACUUUGAGAUCAAAUGAUUCUUGUGCCCAUUGACCUUUGAGAUCAAAUGAUUCUUGUGCACAAAAUUUCAAACCUAACGGUAAUCUGCAGCUUUUAAGAAACUUUUUUUCUGGAAAUCUGUUUAGAACAUAUUCUAAAUAAGUUUUUUUUCUCUUAGCUUUUUCUCUGGUUUUUGUUCGGGGCAAACCCCAAUCCUGAAAUAAUCACUGCCAACAUUUGAAACAUUUGGCCACCCAAGAUCUGUGAAAGUUUAUAUUUGUUAACAUGUAAGUUGCUGUUUGCAUCAAAGUGACUGAAGUCCAGACAGAACGGCUUAGCCUAAGGUUAUCACAGUUAUUUCACUGCACUAUUCCUUAAGGAUAUGUUUUUACAAUGAAGCCCGGUUUUGUUUUGUAGCACCCAUCAGCAGAUUGGCAGUAAUGAGGCUUUAUCUUCAGUGAUAUUAUAGAUUCAGGACCGUAACGAUUUCAUUGCAUGGAAAUUCUCUUUCAGAAUUCAGGCAUGCAGGUUUUGUUCUCAUGUCAUCAGUCCUCUGGAUACUAAGCCAACAGGCCAAAUCGAAAUAUUUACCCUGAAAAUUUUUUUUUGAGUUUGCUUGCAUCUGGUGUUUGCGCGGUCAAGACAAAUAUUAGUUAUCAGUGAAAGACCAACAUUAACUUAAAAUGAUAGGAUUUAUAAUAGAAUGUCAUGUUACUAUGGCAACCAGACAUCCCAAAAUGACCAUUCAAGAACAAGUGAUUUGGCAGAGCUGUUAACUUUCUGAAAAGUGACAGGUGUAUCAAUAUUGAAUGGUACAUAUGUCUUUCUUGAAGUCAUCCUCUUUGGCAAAGCACCUCAAAGCAAUGAAAUUGAGAAAAAUGAAAAUUAUGGAAAGUUUGUUGAAAUUAUGACUCAUUCUCAGGAUGAGUAAGUUUUCUUUUGGGGGGAGGGGUGCGGUAGAGAAGGGAGCUCACAAAGAAUUCUGAAACAGCAGCUCAGUAGUUACAUAGUUCAGUGAAUUGACAGAUUGGGACAACAGAUACUACAGCCUCCCCAAAGGGGUAUUUUUUUUUUAGAUUGGCGAGAGAUAGGCGAUUUUGGGGGUACCGAUUCAUUUUCCUUCCCAAAACAUGAAAAAGCCCCCAAAUUUAACUUCACCUCUGAGAAAGGCCAUUACAGCCUACAUAAUAAAAAUUCCCCCAGAUUUUCUGAACCUCGGAAACUUUGGUUCUGUAUCCACCCUUGGUUGCAAUGUGCUUUCAACCUUAAAAGGGCAAUAUUCAACAAAAAUCUCAUCAAAUUUCUGCAGCUGUUCAAUACAACAGGGAAAAAAAUCAAACAAUAAAUGUGGUAUUAUAUUAUAUCAAACUUCAAACUGAGUUCGUGGUUUUCAGUGAACUUUUUUGUUUGUGAUGAACAAUUUUUUUCAAAAUCAGUGUUUGUAGGGAAUAAAGUUUUACAGAAGUAGCCCACUUUGGUAAUUAAAUUCACCACAAAUAUUUCGCUCAUUUCAUGCUUGGCAUGUUUUACUUUGAUCUCUUGAAAUGACAAAGUGCUCCUUUUGAAAAUGCUCACCCAGUUUGAAAAAUUCAACGAUCUACACAGCAGGAGUUUUGUUUUCUCAUUUCAUAUUUGGCUCGUUUUAGUUUGAUCUCUUGAAAUGACAAAGUGCUCCUCUUGAAAAUACCCAGUUUGAAAAAAUCCGACACUCUACACAGCAGGGGGUGUGACUACUAGAAUACUAAUCGGUUGGACAGUGUACUGAGUGUACUUUGAAUAUUAACAUUUGCCCUGAUUAUCCUGUCAUCUCUAAUUAAAUACGAAAUACACUUUCUUCCUCAGAUAUGUUGUCAUCACAUGACAUGCCAUCAUCACAUGACAUGUUGUCAUCACAUGACAUGCCAUUUUACUGUAUUACUAAAUACUGCUUUUAUUCCCUACUUUCAUUCCAUUCUUCUUGAUCAGACAUAUGCUUAACAUGGUCUGUGGUUUGCACAGGAAAAAGCUGUCAAGAACCUAAGCCAAGUUUUUUUUACAUGCUUUGUCACAGGCCAUGGAACACAUGCACAGAAAUGGAAUGUAUGCACACAUAAAAGUUCAAAAUCCACUUACGAUUUGCUGCCAAGAUUCAAGAAGUCCGUCACUGCGUAUUCCCUUCCACAAGCCAUGUGGUAGCCUCGUUGCCUAGUCACAAUAAUCAGAAGUCAGGUGGAAGUAAGUCACUGCACAGAAGUUGAUUUCCAUCAUGCCUACAAGCCAGUUAGUCACCGCAACUAUUUCUGUAGCCAGAGGACUUCGUUUUCAACCCCCCCCCACCAAAAAGAAAGAAAAAAAGGUGAAGGGUUAUGUCAAUAUACCUCUACCUCCAACCAAAUUUACAAAGCUGAACUUUGCUCAGUGGAGCAGGAAGCACAAUAGAGAAUGGUGGCAACAGCUUUUGGUUGGGACUGUAGUUCUAUCAAUUAAAAAGAAAAUUGAAAACCUGCGGUAUAUUAGUUUUCUUUGGGAGUUGUUUCCUCUUGUUUCGUUUGUUGAUGUAGUCAACCAAAGUUUUUGGUUUGACAAUCGGUUAUCAUUAAAAAUUGCCAUGCUUAAAAGUUCAUGGCGAGAUGCACGUCUACCCUCAAAUCCUUUUGUGACUGCAGAUUUUUUUAUUGUAGUUUAUAACUGCAUGCUAAUCAACAUGAAAAAAAUUCUGUUGACUGGACGCUUCUUCAAAAAUGCCACCUUCACUUAAUGUGAAUGGUGACUGUUUUUCUGAUGUUUCCUAUCCAGAAGUUGUCUUUGUUUGUUGAAGGUUUAGGCCAGGACAGUUCCAUACAUAAGUGAGAAUUCUAUCACACUGUCACCAACCUCAUUUUCAUUGGUAGUUUUUAAACAUAGAGAGGUGUUUGAAAAAAAGAUGGGGGAAAUUUGCCCUUAAAUUUCAGUUAUAUUUUUUUGUGAAAGAUGUUUUAGUUUGUGAAUUUUUAUUAAUAAUGGGGUCAUUAAUGGCAUGACCAAAUUCCACUUUCCCGUGGAAUUACCCUUCAAUAAACUCUUGAAUUGCAUAUUUGUAACAGGAAAAACUCAAAAC